AUGGAUGGACAAACUCAAAGGAUACAACUCGUGUCCGCCGACAACAGCAUGGCAUUAGGACACAGAAUCCAGGUGAUGCUAUAGCCAGUCCGCUGCUAGGGACUGUGCAAACUCAUACACAUAACAUUGACAUACUUGUAGCCAUUAAAUUAAGGAUUUCAUAGUAAAACAAAGCACUAUCUUGUAUUUUACAAAUUACCUCUUUUCAUACCAUUAGUCCAGUCUCUUCCAUCACAUUUUCAUUGAAUACACUUCCUCACGUUCUUGUUUUCUGUCUUGAAUAGAUUGUAACUGACCAGCAGACUGGUCAGAAGAUCCAGAUUGUCACAGCACUUGAGCCAUCAUCACCUGGGAAACAGCAGUUUAUCCUUGCAAAUGCCGACUAUUCCACUGGUGGAAAAGUGAUCCUGGCUAAGCAGGAAGGUUCACCCAACAAGGUCAUCCUUGCUACUCCAGAUGGCUCUGGGGUUAACCAGCUGUUGUUUGCUUCCCCUGAACUUGCUGGGCAGCAGAUUCAGGUAUCACAAGAGGAUGUUUGUGACUUUGUCUUUUCAGUUUUGACAAAUAAGUUAUUGAAAGGUCUUGUGACUGAUGCAUGAACACAUAGUCAGUCUUUGCUUAUUGCAGUGGGUUAAAUAACUCCUUUUGUGUUUGGUUGUUUGUCAGUUUGUAACUGAAGGUUCAGACCAGUCUAUGGUGAAGCCGGUUGUGGAGUACUGUGUUGUCUGUGGGGAUAAAGCCUCAGGUAGGAAUUCAGCUUUAACAUCUCUUUUUUUUGACAGCAGCGCACAUGAGCAAGCAUUUCCUAACUUGAACUUAUUUUUUCCCUUGUCUCUCCCAGGCCGUCAUUACGGGGCUGUCAGUUGUGAGGGCUGUAAGGGCUUCUUCAAACGCAGCAUUAGGAAGAAUCUUGUGUACUCAUGCAGGGGUUCUGGAGAAUGUGCCAUCAACAAGCUCCACCGGAACCGCUGCCAGUACUGUCGACUACAGCGCUGCAUUGCUCUGGGCAUGAAACAGGAUUGUAAGAGACCUUGUUUAUCUUUGUAUGCUGUUGUGGAUAUUAAAUGAGAACUUACAAUAACAGUCUGAUUCAUCUGUUUUUGACUUCAGCUGUGCAGUGUGAGAGGAAGCCUGUAGAAGUGACCACCAGAGAGAAAUCUGUUAACUGUGCCGCCUCCACUGAGAAGAUCUACAUCCGCAAGAACCUUUGUAGUCCUCUGGCUGCCACUCCCACUUUUGUAUCUGAUAAGGAAACGGCGAGGUAAAACCACAUUAUGAUGUUAUAUUUUACCAGCCCAUUAGAUACACACGCACAGUCAAAUACGUCAGCAUUAUUAUACCCUCACCAGCAUCUUUGCAUCCAACAUGUUAAAAUCUCUAAUGAUCUAUAACAUCCAAAUUAUAUUAAAUUGUCUUCCCUUUCUAGAAACACAUAGAGAACAAAAGCAUAACCUGACUGUAUAUGAAAUUGUGCAAACUGAAAGGUUAACCCUCUGACCCCAGGUCUACAAGUUUGCUCGAGUCAAGCAUGCUGCUCAACAUCCAACAACCCUUCACAAAGCUGGAAAACACCAUCUUGAUUCCUGCAUCUCCAGACAAGGUAACGCUGAUUCAGACAAAUAACAGUAAAUUUGAAUAUAGACUGACAUUGAGUGAUCAUGUGAACAAACACUUUCAGAUUUAUAGCUCUUUUUCCAUAUGCUAUAUUACACUAAAUGCACCUCCUAAUGCAUUUUACCAAAGUUGGUUCAGAGCUGAUUUACAUCUAGGGUCCCUCUGCAGUUCUCUGUACAAACAUCACUGUAAGAAGUAGACUACAGCACAGGAGAGAUAGCACAGAAUGACACUGACCUGUGCGUCAUCAACACACAUAAACAACCACACUCUAACAUACUUGUAUAGAAUUAAGAAAGGAAUAUUUGUUCAUGUGACAUAUUGUGGAAGUAGUUAAUGUCUGACCAUUACUGUGGCCCAUUCAGCAGGAAGACCCAUCUCAAGGUGACCUCGGCACGCUGGCAAAUGUAGUGACUUCCCUCGCCCACCUUAAACAAGCCAGGGAGGCGAGUGACAGCGGCAAUGACCUGAUGGGAGUUGAAACUCUCAGCAAUGGGGACAGCUCGAUAGCGGACAUUCAGGGAGACGAGCAAACUUCAAGUGAUAUCACACGGUGAGGAAUAUGAGAUGAAGGAUUUAGGGACUGCGGUACUGACCUUUACUUAUUCUGGUACAUGUGCCGGGGAUUUAUAGGAACGCUGGACUGAAAUCCGGGUCUGUUACUUAGUGUUUGUCAUAAAGCUGUAAUAGAAUUUCAGAAGGGCCAUAUGGUUUCUGACUGAGCUCUUAAGGACUUUAUUAGAUUCUCUCUCAGUCAUCAGAAAUGUUUCUUAUGAUAAGGAUGCACUGCUGUGCUUUAGGUUGUAUCCUGUAUUUUCUGUUUCUGUUGGAACUACAAAACUGAGACAUGCAAUAAAUAAAAUGUAUACAUCUUUAAAUGUAACACUUUGUGCCUUUAGAGCAUUUGAUAACCUGGCCAAAGUCCUGCACCCUGGUGAUGGCUCAGCAGGAGAUUCCUUGGAGGCUACAAUGCAGCUGAUGUCAGGAGACCAGUCAGGUCCGGUGGUGGAGUUGGAGGGCUCUCUGCUCUCCGACAGCCAUAUCCCUUUCAAGGUAAAAGCACAAAUGCUGACCCUCAGGACUAAAUUAAAACUGAGGGUGCUGUUGAUGAAUUACCAAGUUACACAAUUUCACACAUUAUCUCAUUAACAAGGCCUUGAUGUUUUUUCUCCCACCACUCUACAAUAUGAACCUCCAGCUAAUGAUGCCUUUGCCUGUGCCAGAAUACCUCAAUGUCAACUACAUUUGUGAGUCAGCUUCCCGGCUACUUUUUCUCUCUAUGCACUGGGCUCGCUCUAUUCCUGCCUUUCAAACCCUCAGGUAAGCCUUAGUCACAAAGUUUGUAUUAUAUCAUGAAUACAGCUUUUAAACAGUAGCUUUUGACUGUGUCAUAACAUACCAGUUAUACAAUGCCGGUUAAUCAUGUUUUACUUCAUGGGCAUGCACAGUUUUCUGUAUGUAGUUAAUUAAGUUUUAAUCCCCCCCUCCUUUUUUUUAAUAGUGGUCAAGACAAUGACAUUAACUUGAUGAAAGCCUGCUGGAAUGAACUGUUUGCCCUCGGUCUGGCCCAGUGCUCCAACGUAAUGAAUGUGGGUACCAUCUUAAGUGCCAUUAUCAACCAUCUGCAGACCAGCUUACAGGAAGGUAGGAGGGCUGUUGUUUCCUGCAAGUUGUAAUGCAUGAAUGACACUGUUUGGUGACGUGGUAUUAAUCAUUUCGGUUCUGCACACAUUAAGAUCUGUCCUGUUUAUUACAUUUGACAUUUUAUUUCAAGUUUUUUGGUUCUGAUUGUGAAAAUACUAAUCCCUCUCAACCUUCCUGCUUUGUAUUCUACAGAGAAACUGUCUGCAGAGCGAGUGAAGAUCGUGAUGGAACACAUUUGGAGGAUGCAGGAGUUCUGCAACAGCAUGAUCAAGCUGUCCCCGGACUCUUAUGAAUAUGCCUACCUCAAAGCCGUUGUUCUCUUCAGCCCAGGUGUGUUAUUUGCCACCUGGUCGACAGUACCUUGAUUAGUUCUUGUACCCAUAGAAAACUUCAGUAACACUUUAUCUGCCUAUCUCUACGCCUAUCUCUGUAACAGAUUAUCAAUACACGUAUAAUGCUAAAAAUAACUAUAGUUAUAAACACUCAUAAAUGAUCAUAAUGCUUUAUAACAAUAAUCACAACACAUUAUAAAGCAUUUUUUCAUGACUUACAAGGUUACUUACAAUUAACGUGUUAUAACUGUUAACAACUCACUGACAAUGCCCACAUAGAUAAUGAAUUAUACAUGUAUUUAUGAUGUGUUAUAAUUUGCUUAUAAACUUGCAUAACUAUUAUUAUAAACACUCAUUAAUAAUCAUAAGUCUUUAUAACAAUAAGCAUAACACAUUAUAAUACCUGACCUUGUAAGUCAUGCUGAAAUGCUUUAUAAUGUGUUAUGAUUAUUGCUAUAAAGCAUUAUGAUCAUGUAUGAGUGUUUAUAAUUAUAUUUAUACAGCGCUAUAACAUGAUUAUAAAGCGUUACACAUAAAUUUAUAAUGCGUUAUAGAGAUAGGCGUCAAGUAAAGUGUUACCAAAACUUAAAAAGCUUUACAGAUGACAAAAUCCGCAUUGACUCAUGUCUGUCUCCGCUUAUGUCAGAUCACCCAGGCAUAGAUAACACCCAGCAGAUUGAGCGGUUUCAGGAGAAAGCCUACAUGGAGCUGCAGGACUAUGUCACCAGGACGUAUCCAGAAGACUCCUAUCGGUAAGUAGACUUAAUUCUGUGGUAUGUGCUUUAUAAAUAAACCUGCUGUACAUUGAGCAAGACAGAUUUGUAAUGAUGUGACUCCUCAUGUUUUAAAUUUGAUGUCUCCUCAUCGCUCCCAGGUUGUCUAAGCUGCUGCUGCGACUCCCCGCCCUCCGGCUGAUAAGCGCAGCCGUCACAGAGGAGCUGUUUUUCGCAGGUCUCAUUGGAAAUGUGCAGAUUGACAGCAUCAUCCCUUACAUCCUCAAAAUGGAAUCAACUGAUUAUAACAGUCAGGCAGUCUCUGGGGUCUGA